AUGCCUGCCAACUACAACGAAAUAAGGAAACUGUUUAACUACUACAUUAGGGAGUACUACUACCAGAAGUCCAAGGGGACCUACUUUGUUCAUAUUAAGAAGCCUGGGAUUUUAUUUACGUCCUUAAAAUUUUACAAAAGGAAAAAAACCCUCUUUCCAAACGUGUAUGACUGGUACUUCGACAAUUUAAGUCAUAUAAAAAAAAAUAAAGACAUUUUAAAGUGCCAAAAUAGCUACAAUACAAAAAAUAUAUACUCUUACAGAAUAGGGAGGGAGCAGUGGGAAAAAAAUGACGUGGAGAGUGACAGCAUUUAUACAAAUGAUUCGGAGGAAGAUCUGCAAUGUACCUAUAGAACGAGCAACUUGUAUUAUAACAUGCAUCCUGUGUACUUGUCCAAACUGUGCCUGUACGACUUAAACGAUCAUCACAUAUUGUUUUCGAACAACUACUAUGAUGCCUUUAUGCAAUUUUACUACAGCAUUGUUUCGUACAAAAUGGAUUUAAAUGAUUUGCAAAUUUUCCCCAACUUGAAGAUCCUAAUAAGUCAUAUUAAAAACUUAAGUAGUAUAAUUAAUGAUGAACUGAUUAAGAGUGCCUUUGUGUAUUUUAUUAGACAAAAAAAAAGGUUUGAUGAGGAAUACCUGCGCGGGGUAUUUAGAAGUAUCUACUCAACGAUGCUGCACAACUGUCCCUUGUAUUUGUUCCUGGAUGAUGUUAAUCAGUUCAAGGUUGUUCUUAACCUUCUGGGUGCAACGGGAGAAGUACAAAACCUGUUUGAGAGCGCCCUGCCGUACCCCUACUAUUUAGUACUGGACGAAAGCGUAAACAUUUAUAACCUGCAGAGUUUUAAUAUUUAUUUGAAAAAAGUUUUGGAGGCGAAAUUGAAAGCGCCAUUUUCUGUUGACCCAGCGGGGGGUAUUUCACCCUCCGCUCAGGUCGGCCUGCACCCAAAUGCUGGCAGUGUAUGUAGCCAUUCUGAUAAUUCUAACAACGGGGAAAGACCUAAUGGAAGCAGUCAUGCCAAUAAGGAUACAGUACAGAGCCAACCUUUCGCAAAAUCGGAGGAAGAAAAAUCACAGCGACUUGCAAAUGUGCAGGGAAAACAAAUUUACUUCUUUAAGUUGAUAAAAAUUUUUGACAUGAAGCCGAAUCAUCGCUUUGUCCAAAAGGGUGCGAAAUGA